AAUAUUCCUUGUACUAACUAAACACCACCAUGCAUUACUCGCAACAACAGUCCAGCAACUCUACCGGCAGCGAAAACAACGCCGCCUCUGCUUCUGCUGCUCGACCCGCAGGGCGUCACCCAGUUUAUAGAGGCGUUAGGCGUAGGAGUAGUGGAAAAUGGGUGUCUGAAAUUAGAGAGCCUAGAAAGCCUAAUAGGAUUUGGUUAGGCACAUUUCCUACGCCGGAAAUGGCUGCUAUAGCUUAUGAUGUAGCUGCUUUGGCGCUUAAAGGUAGAGAUACUGAGCUUAAUUUCCCUAACUCAGCACCAUCUCUGCCUGUACCAGCAUCUACAUCCCCGCGUGAUAUUCAGGCGGCUGCUGCCUCUGCAGCUUCUGCUCUAGGGGCUGCAAGAGACGCUUUGGGAAUUGGAAACAAUCAACUGGAGAUCACUAAUAAUAAUUAUAAUUAUAAUAUUAAUCAAACAGUACUAGGGCAAGAAAGCUCAAUUAUGACUGAUCAUCAAUUUGUUGAUGAAGAUUUGAUAUUUGAUAUGCCUAAUCUUCUUGUCAAUAUGGCUGAAGGGAUGCUUCUUAGUCCUCCUCGCUUGGAUUUUUCUGCUUCUGCAGAUGCUACUGAUGAUGAUCAUCAAAACCCUUCAGUGGGGGAGCAAAAUCUCUGGAAAUUCCCUUAAUUAUAAUUAUAAUUAUAAUUAUAAUAUUAUAUAUAUCUGUGUAAUUAAUAAAAGUAAUACUUUCAAAAUAAAACUUGAUAGAUUAAGAAGUAAUAUCUUUUGUACUGUGGAAAGAUAUUACUGAAGGUGGUGGACCAGGGCAUGAACAAAGAGUGGGUUUGUUUUUCUUUUUUAUUUAUUAAUUUUAAUUUUUGUAAAGGGUUAAUUUCUUUUUCUUCUCUAUGUUGGGUUUGCUGUAGUUGCACCU